UUGGAGCAUGCGCAAUCCUCAAGGCGGGGAGAAGCAGGCAUGAAAAUGUGGGUUCCUUGCAGAAUUAGGGGGGCUCCAGAUUGGAGGAAUGGCCGUAUUGGUGUUUUCCCGUCACCCCGUUCAUUUGGAGACAGGAAGUGCAGGUUUUAGUCUGAAAUAUGUUUACUAGAGAGAAUCGAAUCUAGUUUUGGGACGAAGCGCUACUUCAGAGAUCAAAAGGGAGUCUAAAGUUAGGCUGGAUAUUGAAAUAAAGGUUUUGGAAGUGUGCUCCCUGACUGCCCAGUAGUUUGGCCGGGUGUAGUUGUAGGGAAAGAGCGGAACUGCGGCAUUUAAUGAUCAUCCUCGGGCUUUAGUUUUGAUUGGUUGAGGUGGGAGGCGUGGCUUCAAACUUUAACUACGAUUGGUUAAUCAAUGGAUGAGGUUGGGGGCCGUCGGAGGUGUGGCUUAUUGAAGUUUCCGGUUACACAGAGACCGGAAGAGCGGCUGUCAUUUACACACUUGCGCAUAGGACCUAGAAAGCAUCCAGGUAUUGGUCCCCAACAUUGACCACGGCAUCUGCUCUGAGUGGAACUGUAGUCUCAGGCCAGAUUCUUAGAUUUUUGUACAGAAUAGUGAAUGUCAGCCUUCGGUUGAGGGCCCGGCAGAAGGUUCAGAUCCCGGGGAAGGUCCCCUCACGUCGUUGAUUCUGAGGACGCCUAGGUCCCUGGGUCAUGGCUGACUCGAAGCUGCUGGUGCCGGAGCUAAGCGAGGAAGAGACGAUGGGUGCUGAGAGGGCGCGUUUCGAGGAGCUGCUGCUGCAGCUCCUAUACAUAACAAUUGCACAGUAAACAGUUGAAGAAAAAAUGACGGGUCUGGUAGCUCAGAUGCCAAGCCUGGAAGUCGUUUUCCUUCACACAGGCGUCCAAGGAGCUCCAGCAAACCCAGACAAGCAGACCAGAAUCUACACAGAUCCAACCUCAACCCGGUUUCUGCAUAAAGACCAACUCAUCCGAAGGGAAGGUGUUCAUCAACAUCUGCCACUCUUCCUCCAUCCCUCCUCCUGCUGACAUGACGGAGGAUGAGCUGCUUCAAAUGCUGGAGGAGGACCAAGCUGGGUUUCGCAUCCCCAUGAGUCUGGGAGAGCCUCAUGCCGAACUGGAUGCAAAAGGCCAGGGUUGUACCGCCUUCGACGUAGCUGUCAACAGCGACUUCUACCGGAGGAUGCAGAACAGCGAUUUCUUGCGAGAGCUCGUGGUCACCAUCGCCAGGGAGGGCCUUGAGGACAAAUACACACUGCAGCUGAAUCCGGAAUGGCGCAUGUUGAAGAAUCGGUCUUUCCUGGGCUCCAUCUCCCAGCAAAAUAUCCGUUCCCAGCAGCGCCCUCGGAUCCAGGAGCUGGGGAACCUGUACGCGCCUGACUCCCUGAGGCUUGAGGAAGGGUACGCCUUCAAUGGGUUCCCUCUCACAAGUCUCCACAACGCUCUUUGGAGUCCCUCCUUCAGUCCUCCUGCCCAUAGGGGGCCGCGUCCCAGGGUCCUGGAAACCCAGAGGGGAGAAGCAGGACGCUGCCCUGAGAAGCCUCACCUGAACCUAUGGCUGGAAGCCCCUGACCUCCUCUUGGCUGAAAUAGACCUCCCCAAACUGGAUGGAGCUCUGGGGCUGUCGCUAGAGAUUGGGGAGAACCGCCUGGUGAUGGGGGGCUCCCAGCAGCUGUACCAUGUGGAUGCCUACAUCCCCCUGCGGAUCAACUCUGACGAGAGCAAGGCAGCCUUCCAUAGGAAGAGAAAGCAGUUGCUGGUGGCCAUGCCCCUCCUGUCUGUGCCGUCUUGAUCCGGAGUCACCCAUGCUUCCAAGUGGGGAGAAAAGGCUGGUGGUGUGUCUAAAACUGAAAUAAAAGUUUUUGCCUUUG